GCCAGGGUCGGGGGUUCAACUCCCGCCGCUUUCUUGUGUGUGCAGAGUUUGCAUGUUCUCCCCUUGCUGCGGGGGUUUCCUCCCCCAGUCCAAACACAUGCAUAGUAGGUUGAUUAGCAUACCCAAAGUGUCCGUAGUGUAUGAAUGGGUGUGUGUCCUGUCCAGGGUGUACCCCGCCUUGUGCCCUAUGCUCCUUGGGAUAGUCUCCAGGUUCCCCUUGACCCUGGAGGAUAAGUGGUAUAGAAGAUGGAUGGAUGGAAUUCAGUUUCAGACAGCAUGAUAUAAAUGCAAAAUGAUAACAUUCACAUUCAGAUUUUUGCAUUCGGUUCAAAUUUCUAAUGGCAGGAUUGUAAUACACCUGAUCCAACUAAUCAGCUAAUGAUAAUCCCAGACUAAAGCGUGCAGGACAUGAGUUUCUCUCAGGAAAAAAAAGUCUUCAGUGUGUGUGUACAGAUGUAUAUUCUAGUAAACUCAACUCUUUGACCAAAUGAGGAAUAAAAUGGAGGGAAAUGUGAAGCAGAGCAGGGAUAACAGCACACUGAACAGCGCCACCUGUCGGGGAUUCAUUUCGCAGCUCCUCCGGAAAAAGCCAUUUAAGCGCUCACAUGGUCUCCUUCCCUUCAAUGACUUCAAAAGUAGAAACAUGGCGGCGUGGAAGUGAAAGACUGGCUCGGUACUGCAAAUGAAACAGCAAAAAAAAAGUUUGUUCGCCUGGAAAGACGAAUUUUCGUAAGUAACACUGGAAUGAAUGUCACCUUUCUGCACCGUGUGGACGCGGAAAAGUGUGGCUAUAAAACAAGGUUUUUGCUCGCCUGAUAAACGCAAAACCCACAACCUCGCUGAAACCCAGCAGGAUAAAGACGACUGAAAUGAACCGGGAAAUCUUAUGCAAUGGACAUUCUACACUUCACAGUUUUUUGAGCCACCAGCCCUCAAAGGCACCACAUCAUGAGGAGAUCUCUGUCCAGGUCAUCCAAGAUGGGAAAUCCUCAAGGAUAUUUUGCACACAGACCGAGACUCAAAAGAAUUUCAAAAGACCCAGUACUGUAAAUGGAGAGAUCAUUUUCCCCACAAUGGCUGUGAAUGAAGACCUCCAAACUUUAACACACAAAGCAGAGGAAAAGAGCAGACCGCUGCAGCGUAUGCAGGCCCAUUUUCUUUCACCAGCUGAAGUCACUCCAGAAAUCAAAAACACUCACCCAGCCUGUUCGAGGAAGGCAGGCUGCCGUAAAAUCAAAGUGAGGAAGUCUUCACGGAAAGUUGCAGAGAGCAAGAAUUUCAAUAAUCGAAAGGUCACUGAUUACUAUCCCAUACGGAGAAGCUCACGGAAAAGCAAAACUGAAUUAAAGUGUGAACAGAAGAAACAUCUAGAUGAGCUGAUCACAAAAGGGAUAGAGAAUGGAAUGAUGGUGAAGUACAUAGAAGGAAAGGGAAGAGGAGUUUUCGCCACCCAAAGCUUCCAGAAAGGGCAGUAUGUAGUGGAGUAUCACGGCGACCUGUUGCUGAAAACCGAUGCCAAAAAACGGGAGGCUGUAUACGCACAAGACGCUGCUACAGGCUGCUACAUGUAUUACUUCCAGUAUCUCAGCAAAACAUACUGUGUGGAUGCCACGAAGGAAACCGACCGUUUGGGAAGACUCCUCAAUCACAGUAAGAAUGGCAACUGUCAGACCAAACUCCAUGACAUCAAUGGAAUACCUCACCUGAUCCUCGUGGCCUCUCGAGAUAUAGAGGAGGGAGAGGAGCUGCUGUACGACUACGGAGACCGAAGUAAAGCCUCUAUAGCCGCUCACCCUUGGCUCAAACACUGAUGGAUUCUGAAAAGGGAACAGCUUGUUUCUUAAAUCCAGUUUUUAAUGUCAUAUAUCAUUUUUUUUUGGCCUUAGCAAACUGAGAAUGUUUAGGGGGUAGUACUUGUUUGGGUGUGUUAAUCAGUGACUUAAACACAGUUAGGUUACGGUACAUAUUCCACAUGUCCUACAUGACGAUACUUUUAAAAAUAUUUAUCCUGGAAAUUACGACAUGCUAGUUUUUGUUGUUUUUUUUGUAUAUUUUAUAUACUUGUAGGGCAGUGCUUCCAAAGCAUGCAGUUAUAGUCAAACUUUCUGCAUUUUUAUAAGGAGUUUUCUUAAGCCAAUGUAUAGUAGUUAGUGGCUUAGCAAUAACUAUUUAUGAUGUGCAAAUGAUUCUGUGGAACGCAAGUGAUGCUUAGAGCUAUGUUUUAAAAGCUGGAAGGUUCCCCCUCCCCUCCUUCGACUUUAAUUUGGAGUCUUACAGUUUUACAAUGUCGCGUGUGAUGUAAUGGAUUUUGAAAAAAAUAUCUGAACUGCUUUUUGAGUGUUCAGUAUGAAAUGACCCAAGUGUGAGUAUUGUCUAUGCUGGGAUGGACGCGUUUAAUAAAAUGAUUUUAUGCAA